AUGGGUGAGCCGGUCACUCCCAAGAAGUCGCAGAAACCCCUCGAGACUCACUCUGACACUCCCUUCGUUCAUAAGGCUGCUCGUAGUAUCUCGCAUCUGAAUGAGUCACUGCCCGCCAGUCGGCAGACAGUGCUUGGCGAUCUGGGAGCAUCAAUUCCCGAGGUUUCUGUUGCAUUUUUCUUCGAAAGCGUCUGCCCAAGAAUAACAUCGAGGGUCGAUUCACUGGUCGACAAGGUCGUGUCUAGACUGACGAAGGGUUCUAAUAACAUAAUCGACGACGAAACUGGACGAUGGGUAGACUUUGCAAUCUCUCCGGGCGAAUCGUCCAAAGGCGAGGAUCCAACAUUCAAGCCUCUGGAGAAUUUAGUGAGAGCUAUUGGGGACGCCGCCUCUGCUGAAGACUCAGAUUUUACGUGCAAUCUCAUGUUUGAAAAUUCCCCAUAUGUGUCCCCUGCUUCGGACCAUUGGAACUCAUCGUCGCGACCAGAUGGGUACUUCCGAGCCCGUGGGAUGGGGGACGAGCAGAAACCUCACUGGAAGGAUAUUGCACUGAGCGCAGAAUACAAGAAAUAUACACAAAACGAGACGAGAGAUGAUGUGGUCAGCAAGGUGAUUUGGGGGAUGCAUCACUCGAUGAGAGAGGAUCCACGAAGACGAUUUACGUUCGGACUGACGGUCGAAGAUCAUGAAAUGCGAUUGUGGUAUGCAAGUCGAGCGGAUGUGAUGGUUACUCGACCAUUCGACUUCUUAACAGACCAUAGAAGUGUAGUUCAUCUAGCACUAGCAUUUCUGAGCUCUGGUUCGCAAGAUGCUGGCUGGGAUCCGACCAUGAAGGCGCUUGUGGACGACAACGGUGAUGCUCUGCUCGAUAUUGACGAUAGGCCUCGAUUCGAGAUGACGGUGCGCGAAGAAGAUGGAUCAGAAGUUAUUUUUCGUACAACACGUCUGAUCUCUUUCAUCGGGACGGCUGCAAUGCAAGGGCGAGGUACGCGAGUCUGGGAGGCGAAACGAGUUGAAGAUGGCCAAGAGUGUGGGGAUUCUGUUGUGCUGAAGGAUUGCUGGGUCGAUGACGACCGCCUGAGGGAGGGAACGAUCAUUAAAAUGAUCAGAGAAUCUGAUAUCGGCGCGGAAGGACGGAAUGUACUUGAUGAACAUCUCCUGACUAUCAUCUGCCAUGGCGAUGUACGAGUGGAUGGCGAUGUUGUCGAUCACACACGAGACUUGAUGACCAGAGGCAAGGAGGUAUCCCUCAAGUCCGGCGAGUUUCGGUUGCGGACAUCUCGCACUUCGACGCAGCACGCCGUCAACGGUGAAAAUCGAAGCAGCCGCCGUUCGGGUACCAAUCGAGGUUCAUCCAGCAAACGAAGUUCGGGACGUUCAGGUGCCAAACGUGGAUCAAAUACUGCGCCGAAGGGUACUAGCAGUGCGGGACAUCAUCGCGCUGGCGAGUCUACACUUGUCCAGCACCACGAAUAUUACCAGUAUCAUCCUAGAGUGCAUUAUCGUAUUGUUGUCAAGGAAGUGUGCACCGCCCUUCAUCACGAGGUUUCCUUGUUCCAUAUUUUCAAGUACCUUUCCCAAACGGCCACAGUGCUGCGGUUUUUACAUGAAGCCGGUUGGGUACACCGUGACUUGAGCACGGGAAACAUCCUCAUAUUUAAUGGCAAGAUCAAAUUGGCCGAUUUUGAGUAUGCGAAACAAGUAGACAUACCAAGCUCACAUGACAUUCGUACCGGCACGGCUGAUUUUAUGGCAGUUGAGGUUGACCUUCAGCAUUAUUUUUUCCAAGGAGGGCAAUCCGUUGACACUAUAGGCGAUUUCAAACAAACAUAUCCCAUCACAAGAGGACAACGUAUUCAUCCUCCCAGCGAGUCGACUGCAAGGGUAUUCCGGUACAAUCCGCUGCACGAUUUUGAGUCUCUCUGGUGGAUAUCAGUCUAUUUUGUGGCGAACAAAAAGGUCGAACGCAUUGAUCAGAAGGCCCCCCCAUUUCACAGAUACCAACAGCAAAAAUCAUGGGCUGCGGACAUAUUUUAUUCGUUGCCGGGUCGAAAAUCCGCCUUGAGGGUAGAUGAGGAUUUUCAGCUCAUGAUUGACAGCCUAUCUCCAGGUGUGCGGGGCAUCGGUGACGGUAUCAAUCUUCUCAGGAAGUCCCUCGUGAAACGCUAUAGCCGGAUAGAAAAGGAUUUCUCCAGCGUUGGUCGUACGGCGGCAGGCCAUAUUCACGAAGACUUCUUUGAGCUUUUCGAUGUCAUUGCGCAGACCACUGGAGAAAUCAUUAUCGGUCCUCUUUCGCAACAGGAUUCAGUUGAUAAGGCGACCGUUCUGGCUACGCCAUUAGCCACUAGAUCAGAGGAGCCACAAGUGCCCAAAAGAGCAAGCGACAUUCCCGUAAAGGGUAGCGCUCCUAAGGCUCGCGCGGAGAGAAGGACAGAACCCAAUCCACGACCAUUCGUACAGCAUGAGGCACAACACCGUCCUUUCGGCACGAGAAUCAGGAGGAGGGAAGGACUUCCACAUCCCAUGCAGACUCGUUCUAAGACCAGAGGACUUACACUCAAUGAGACUCACCAAACUGAAUUCCUUUAG